AAUGCUAUGCUGCCACGAAUGCACACCAAUCCCAUAUCUCUCUCUCAUCUGAAUAACCUGGGGAAAUCAUCCUAUAUAUACUACACACACUCUCACUCGCCUCUUCAUUCCCUCUCUCUAUAUCUUCAUUUUUUCUACCACCUAAUCAUAAUCAUUAGGAUUUUAAUUUAAUUACAAUUAAAAAUGAGUAGUGUACUUUGUGAAGAGCAACAAAAACUUCUCCUUUCCCUCAAAAAAUCUCUCACUCACAGAGACACCAAUAUGAUCGAUAACAUCCCACCAAGGAAGCUACUCACCCGCCGACCACCACCCACCACCGCCGACAUGUCUUCCGACGAGGAUCCAUAUUCCUCCGACCAUUUCCGAAUGUACGAGUUCAAAAUCCGGCGAUGCACUCGUAGCCGGAGCCACGACUGGACAGACUGUCCUUUCGCUCAUCCAGGCGAAAAGGCCCGCCGUCGUGACCCCCUCAGAUUUCAAUACUCAGGUGAGGUGUGUCCUGAUUACCGCCGCGGAAACUGCGAACGCGGUGAUGCUUGUGAAUUUUCCCACGGAGUUUUUGAGUGCUGGUUGCACCCUUCAAGGUAUAGAACUGAAGCUUGUAAAGAUGGAAAAAAUUGUAAGAGAAAAAUUUGUUUUUUUGCUCAUACAACCCGUCAACUCAGAGUUUUGCUAUUACCACCCCCUCCUUCUCCUACACCUCAAAACAACAACAAAAAUUGUUGUUCUUUUUGUCAUUGUUGUUCAAAUUCUUCAUCUUCUUCACCCACUUCAAUUUUGUUAAGUGGGCCACAUUUUUCUUCUUCAAAUUCACCACCUUUAUCACCUUUGUCAAAUUCAAAGUCCAAGGGUGUGCAUGUUCUUAACGAGCUUAUUCGAUCUAUGGAAAGUUUCAAUUUUGGUGAUGAUAUUCUUCAUGAGGUUAAUUCCCCUGUUUCUGCUUCGAAAUUGAAUUGGAUUAAUAAUAAUAAUAAUAAUAGUCAUAAUUCUGUUGCUAAUUCUUCAUUGGGUUGUGGAAAAUAUUAUAAUUCAAGUGGUAGUGAGAACUUUUUGAAGGAAAAACAGAGCUUUAGGGUUGUUGUUGAUGAUGAUGUUGUUGCUAACCCAGAUUUUGGGUGGGUGAAUGAAUUGCUGAUGUAGAUGAUAUGAUGACAACAAUGUUGCUGAUGUUGAUAUGAUGAUGAAUUCAUGAUAUGGUGAUUUAAUUGAGUAAUUAAGUGUAGAUAUAAAUUAUGUAAUGGGAUCAUGUGACUAUAACAUGAUCUCCUUAAUUGGCUUGCUUGGCCUCUCUAUUUCUAUUUGUAAUUUAAUUCUUGUUAAUUUCAAGUUUAUUACUUUCUGAAUUUGUACGUUUGUGAAAAUUAUUAAACUCGUGUAAUUUUUAUUCCCAAUAAUUAAUUCCUUAGUU